AACACUCCUAUCAUGAGACUCUUUAUCGCUGGCGCCAGCGCCAAAUCCUUCCCCCGCUGCCCCGCCUCCACCACCACCAAUACCUUCCGCAACGUCUCUCUGUCUCCAUCUCCGCCUCCUCUCCAUCUGCCGUUCCAUCCCUCAAAAUCGCCGCCCAAUAAUCUCCGCCUCCUCUCCACUUUUCACGAGAGUAAGGCCGCUCAUGUUCCAUCGGCCUUUUCAAAAGGUUUAGAGCGCGGCGGCGGUGGCGGAGAGGCGCUGCCGGGUUCGAGUAGUGAGAGAAAGUUAGCGGUGGUGGCGUGGUCCGUGGUGACUCUGGUGGUGGCGGUGGCGAAUCGGGUCCUUCAGAAACUUGCUCUUGUCCCCAUGAAAGAUUACCCCUUCUUUCUCGCCCAACUCAAUAUUUUCGCAUAUGUGCUUGUUUUCUUCUUGGUGCUCCAUGUGAGAUACCGCGCUGGCAUAACUACGAAUGAGAUGCUGGCUGUUCCGAAAUUGCCCUUUGUUGCGAUUGGGUCUCUUGAAUUCCUUUCUUCUAUUUGCCAGAUGUAUGCCGGAGCCAUGCUACCGGGGCCAGCCAUACCCUUAUUAUUUCAAACAUUCUUGGUUUGGCAAUUGCUCUUUUCCAUCCUCUUCUUGGGCAAAAGAUACAAUUUCAACCAAAUUAUUGGAUGCUUUCUUGUGGCAGGUGGUGUUGUAGUUGCCGUUUCAAGAGGCGGAACAAAUAGCGGAAUGCUUACCGGAAUCAGCCCUCUAUGGCCGGGGCUCAUGAUCGCCUCGAGUUUUUUUCAAGCAGCUGCAUCAAUUUUUAAGGAAUCAGUGUUCAUUGAUGCUGCAAAACGUCUUAAGGGAAAAUCACUGGACAUUUUUGUUAUAAAUUCAUUUUCUUCUGGAUUUCAGGCCCUCUUCACAAUUGCCUUCUUGCCUAUUUUGUCGAGCAUGAAAGGCUUACCUCUAUCUCAAUUGCCCUCAUACUUCUCAAGUGGUGCAGCUUGCUUCUUCAACAUUGGAACAAACACAAUAGGAUGUGAAGGAGCACCUUUGCUACCAUUACUCUACAUAGCUUCCAACAUCUUUUUCAGUAUAUCCAUUCUCAAUCUUCUCAAAGUUUCCAAUGCAAUAGUGGCUUCUUUGGCAUCGAGAGCAGCAGUGCCAUUUGCAAUCUACAUUCUUUCACAGCCAUUGCCAUACCUUCCAAACGGAGUGAGUUUGAGCCCAUUUUUCCACAUGGGAUCGGCAAUUCUUGUAAUGGGACUCAUCAUGUACAAUUUGCCCAAACCCAAGUUUUCCUAGUUUGAGAUAUUAUGCUCUUAUUUAUGGCUGAAUCUCAGUUACUACACUAACUUUUUAUGUUGUA